AUGCCUUCCUCAAGUCAAAAGUCAGACGUCACGUCAUCGCUCUCCAAGCUCUCAAUAAACAGCAGCAAAAAGACACCAUCCACCAAAAAGACCAAAGCACCAGUGGCAGACUCUUGGGAAGAUGAGGACGUAGACGAGGACGACGAUGAAGAAGAGGAGGAGGCCGUGAAGCCCCAAAGCGACGGCGCCAAGGCUCCGCCGCCGACCCCCAUCUCACCAACCUACAACGCCGCAGACAGGUCCUUCCCCAACCCCUACGGCAGCGUUGAUUCCGUUGCUGGUGCCGGCGCGUCCUCGGGUGGCGGUAGUAGUGGCCAGGACGCCGCCUCAUCACGCCCCAGGCCAGAAAAGACAGAUGCCGUGGCCCGUCGCAUGAUUGCUAGCGCCCUGGGCGUAAAGGUGCCCCGGAUGACGGAGGAGCAGAGGGCCUACGACAAGGCUGUCAAGGAGAAGGAGCGGAAACGCAGGGAGGAAGAGAAGGCUGCUGAGAAGCGCCGGCUGGAGGACGCCGAGAAGGCCAAAGUUGCCAUCUGGGAGGACUAG